AUGGGCGUGGGUGGCAAAAUAGAGCCCUGCUCUCAGGACAGCGGCCCCAUCCUCAGGGUGACCAGGACCCCGUGCAGGGGUUCACCCGCGGAGCCACGCAGAGUCGCAGCAGGCGCGGAGCCCCCUCGGUGCCACUCCGAGGCCGAGACAAUACCCAAGCGCCGGGACGCUCGACGGCCCGGUCAGUCCGCGUCCGCGUCCGCGUCCCCGUCCCGCUGGCGCUCAGGGCGGCGGCCACCACCUCGGGCAGCGACCCCGUGGCGUCCAGCUCAACCUGUCACACCCGACGGGGACCCCCGCCCGGCCUGGAACCCCGCCGCCUUCCGGCCCCAGGACCUCCGCCUGGCCCUCGGACCCUCCUCCCGGACCCAGAACCCUGUCCGCCCGGGCACCCCCGCUCGGCCUGGCCCCGAAGCCCGCCGCCUCACCUCAGGCCGCCGCCUCGGCAGCGCUCGCUCCUUGCCGGAGGCGCCCUGGCCAAGCCAGGCAGAGCGGAGCAGCCGGCAGAGCCGGGGCCACCGCAACAAUGGAGCCCCGGGGCGGGGCCGCCUCGCAGCCGCCGCAGCCCGUCACCCGCUCUGGCUCGGGAUCCGGCUCCCGCUCCGCGCGGAGCAGCGGCCGGCAGAGUCUGCGGCUGGGCUCGGGGACGGCGCAGGCGCACUCACCCCGCCCGCGCAGCUCCGCCCCGCCCCCGGCGGCGCCCGGCGCUCGGGGCCCGCCCCCCGGCCAAUGGGGAGGGCGCCGCGCGGAGGGGGCGGGGCCUGGAGAAACAAAGGGAGGUGGGGCGGGGCCGCGCCGGGGCGGGGCCGCGGGGUCCCGCCGGGGGCGGAGCGGAGAGGAGCUGGCUCCGCGGCCCAACCAGGUCCGACCCGGGAAGGCCGGGCUCAGUGA